AUGGCGAGAUUUUCACGAAGUAGGAGCCAGCCGGCCCCCAGGACCAUCUCCCCAUGGAUGACGGCCUUCUACAUCUGCGCCAUCCUGGUGGCGCCUAUGCUUUUCAUGGGAAUGAUUCCUUCAGCUCACGCGGCGGAAAAUGUACAAGAGCCGAUCAAGGACAACCAGGUGUCAGGACCAGUCAUCGGUAUCGAUCUCGGAACGACCUACUCCUGUGUUGGUAUUAUGAGAGGAGGCAAAGUGGAAAUUCUUGUCAACGACCAGGGUAACCGAAUAACACCAUCCUGGGUUGCAUGGAACGAUGAAGAGCGGUUGGUCGGAGACGCAGCAAAGAAUCAAUACGCAUCGAACCCACACCGGACAAUCUUCGAUAUCAAGAGAGUGAUUGGGCGGAAGUUCAACGACAAGGAUGUUCAGAGGGAUAUCAAGCACUUCCCGUUCAAGGUUGUGAACAAGAACGAUCAGCCACGUGUGCGGGUUGAGGUGUCUGGCGAGGACAAGACAUUCACCCCCGAGGAAGUGUCUUCUAUGAUCUUGGGCAAGAUGAGAGAAAUCGCCGAGUCAUAUCUGGGCGAGAAGGUUGUCAACGCAGUCGUUACUGUACCAGCCUAUUUCAACGACGCUCAACGUGCCGCUACCAAGGAUGCGGGCACGAUCGCCGGUCUCAACGUGAUGCGCGUGGUCAACGAGCCAACCGCAGCCGCCCUCGCCUACGGCCUUGACAAGACGGACAAGGAGCGCCAGAUCGUGGUCUACGAUCUCGGUGGUGGUACUUUCGAUGUUUCGGUCUUGACUGUCGACCAGGGUGUUUUCGAGGUUCUUUCCACCGCCGGUGACACCCACUUGGGUGGUGAGGACUUUGACGCUCGUGUGAUGGACUACUUUGUCAAGUCUUACAACAAGAAGCACGACACCGACAUCACCAAGAACGCGAAGACGAUGGGUAAGCUGAAGCGCGAGGUCGAGAAGGCCAAGCGAACGCUUUCCAGCCAGAUGAGCACCAAGAUCGAAAUCGAGGCUUUCCACGAGGGCAACGACUUCUCCGAGAGCUUGACCCGGGCCAAGUUUGAGGAGCUGAACAACGAUCUGUUCAAGAAGACCCUCAAGCCGGUUGAGCAGGUGCUCAAGGAUGCCAAGCUUAAGAAGGUUGAUAUUGACGACAUCGUUCUUGUUGGUGGUUCUACUCGUAUUCCGAAGGUGCAGAGCAUGCUUGAGGAGUACUUUGGCAAGAAGGCUAGCAAGGGUAUCAACCCGGAUGAGGCUGUCGCUUACGGCGCAGCUGUGCAGGGUGGCGUUCUGUCCGGAGAGGAGGAGGCCAAGGACGUCGUCCUGAUGGACGUCAACCCUCUUACUCUUGGAAUCGAGACUACCGGCGGUGUCAUGACCCAUCUUAUCAAGCGUGGCACGACCAUUCCUACCAAGAAGUCCCAGAUCUUUUCGACCGCGGCCGACAACCAGCCCGUGGUUUUGAUUCAAGUCUUCGAAGGCGAACGCUCAAUGACGAAAGACAACAAUCUUCUCGGCAAAUUCGAGCUCUCCGGCAUUCCACCAGCGCCUCGCGGUCAACCUCAAAUCGAAGUGACAUUCGAGCUCGACGCCAAUGGCGUGCUAAAGGUCAGCGCCGGCGACAAGGGCACCGGCAAGAGCGACGGCAUUACCAUCACAAACGACAAGGGCCGCCUCAGCGCCGAAGAAAUCGAGCGCAUGGUCGAGGAAGCUGAGAAAUACGCCGACGAGGACAAGGCCACCCGCGAGCGCAUCGAAGCCCGCAACAAGCUUGAAAACUACUCGUACAGCCUCAAGAACCAGCUCAGCGAUGACGACGGCCUCGGCGGCAAGAUCGAUGAGGACGACAAGGAGACGCUCCAGGAGGCUGUCAAGGAGGCGCAGGACUGGCUGGAGGAGAAUGGACAGACCGCCACCGCGGAGGACUUUGAAGAGCAGAGCCAGAAGCUGAGCGAUGUCGCGUACCCGAUCACGAGCAAAUUGAACGCUGGUGGUGCGGGCGGCAUGCCGGAUUAUGGUGAUGAUGAGCCGGACACGCAUGAUGAGCUUUAG